AUGGAGAAUUCACUUCUUGCACAAUCUGAGAAUGAAGAAGUCCUUGAGCAUGAGAAAGAAAGCCUUAUCACCAUUAUCAAGGAGCAAAACAAUAAAGUUGAAGUUCUACAGCAGCAGAUUGUCCUUCUAGAAGCUACAGUUGCAGCAAAGAGAGUGGAAGUGGAAGCCUUAACACAAGACAAAGAGAACCUUAUUAAAAAUGUGAAGGAGAAGGAUAGCUGCAUGGUAAAUCUCCAAAAAGAUAUCACAUGGAUGGAGCGAGAGUCCAUGAAAAGAGAAGCGGAGGCAGCAAUUCUUGCAGGCAUAGAUGCAGAGAAAUCUGUUGGACAAGAGAAAGAGAGGCUUUUCAAGGUUAUAAAUGAGAAAGACCAGAACAUAAAAAAUCUCCAAGUAUUGGCAUCGUUGUUAGAGGAAGACUUGACAAGUGCAUUUGUAUUGUCUUUUUCAGAAGUCGUAGAAAAUCUGCUUACGACUGAAGCUUUAAAGAAUGCCGAACACAUGACAGAGCUAGUGAUUGAAGAGAAGAACAAAAAAAUUGUUGAUUUGGAGAAGGAAGAGACUGGAAGGCAUAGUCAAGCAGCUUGA